UGCUGUGUCAGUGUGUGAGUGAAAGCGAAUAACCCCUCAAACAAGCGCGAAAGCAACUACGAUGGCCGAUUCCGCAGCGACCGAAGUCCCGGCUGCAGCAGCUGCUGCUGCCCCAGCCACCACGGCCAAGUCACCGAAGAAGCCAAAGGCGGCCGCCGGCCCUAAGAAGCCCAAGCAGCCAGCGGCACAUCCUCCGAUCAACGAGAUGAUGCUGGCCGCCGUCAAGGCACUCAACGAACGCAACGGUUCCUCGCUGCAGGCGAUCAAGAAGUACGUGGCGGCCAACUACAAGGCUGACGUGACCAAGCUGGCCACUUUCUUCAAGAAGGCCCUCAAGACUGCCGUCGCCAACGGCAAGCUGGUCCAGACCAAGGGAACCGGUGCGUCGGGCUCGUUCAAGCUCUCGGCCGCAGCCAAGAAGCCAGCGGUAGAGAAGAAGAAGAAGGCAGCGGCCCCCAAGAAGUCGGCCUCUGCCGCGGACAAGAAGAAGAAGACCGCAGCCAAGAAGCCUGCCGGAGAGAAGAAGGCCGCCGCCAAGAAGACCACCAAGAAGGCUGACGGUGCCGCCGCCAAGAAACCGAAGGCCGCCGCAGCUAAGAAACCCAAGGCCGCCGACGGAGCUAAGAAAGCCGCCAAGAAACCGGCAGCCCCGAAGCAGAAAUCCACCAAGCCAUCCAAGGCCGCGGCUGCCGAAAGCACCGAAACCAAAGAAGGCAGCAGCUCCCGCCAAGAAGGCCGCCGCUCCCAAGAAGGCUGCCGCACCUAA